AUGGAGGACUGGAAGGAAGAGUUGGAAAAACAAGAAGAGGAAAAGAAAGAGAUAAAAACCACGACAACGACAACAACCGAAAAGCCCAUCAAAAAGACGACAACCACUACAACCACAACGACUACGACUACAACCAAAGCUCCGCCAAAGAAAGACGAAGAGCACGAGGAGGAGGACGAGAAGACAACGCCAGCGCCGCCACCGCCUCCUCCACCGCCGCCACCGAAGAAGAAAUGGCGGCCCAAGAAGUGGGAGGAGAUGGCUGUCCAAGAGGGCGACCACAGGGAUGAGGUGACUGAACUGCCGCCCACUACACCCCCGCUUAAGAAACCCAGCUUUUCAAAGGUUGAUUACAAAGAUAUGGAGGACUGGAAGGAAGAGUUGGAAAAACAAGAAGAGGAAAAGAAAGAGAUAAAAACAACGACAACGACAACAACCGAAAAGCCUAUCAAAAAGACGACAACCACUACAACCACAACGACUACGACUACAACCAAAGCUCCGCCGAAGAAACAGGAAGAGCACGAGGAGGAGGACGAGAAGACAACGCCAGCGCCGCCACCGCCUCCACCGCCGCCACCGAAGAAGAAAUGGCGGCCCAAGAAGUGGGAGGAGAUGGCUGUCCAGGAGGGCGACCACAGGGAUGAGGUGACUGAACUGCCGCCCACUACACCCCCACUUAAGAAGGGGUCGAAAAAUUUGGCGGAUCGUAAGAAUCAUUCGUUAGAAUACCGGAACCGAUGGUCUAAUAAGGACACGACGGCCGCCUAUAAUGUGGACUAUAAACGGGACACGUGUUUGCGAUCAAACAAGAUGUCAAGACCUCACUCGUGGAAACUUCAUCUUCGGAAAGUCAAACGACACAUCUCUUACUUAGAAGUAGUCGUUUUGGACAAAUCCGGACGACUCAUGAAAAGCGACGCCAGAAAUAUCAUUAAAUAUUCAAAAUUCGAUGUGAACGAUAUCAGUAUCUGCGAGAUCAGACUCUACACCAACUCGUUUAUGCCUUUCCAUCGCUGCGGUUCCGCAGACAUUGUCCUCUUCUCAAGCAUGGAGUUGGAUCCGUUCCCGGUUUGUAAACCGAAAGCUCAGUGUCCGUACCCGCCGUCGGUCGACGAAUCAAUGGUUGUGGGCAUAAAACCCGAGCAUCUAUAUACAUUUAAUGCCAAUAUCAGCGCUUUAGUGGGAAGUGUUAUAUACUACAAAUGUUUAGGCGAUCGGAACAACACUAUAAUGAUCGGCGAUUCGGUGCGAGUUUGCGGUAUAGAUAGCAAGUGGUCGGGAGUCGAUCCAAAAUGUAUUCGCGACUCUGAACUGAACGCCGACUCUUUUAAAGACAUUAAAGACACUGAGAGUGCAGACAAACACAUGACUACAUUUCAAUCGUUUAAUAAACUGCUGACUGAGGCCAAUAGCACAGCACUGGCAUGUGGUUUACCGGCGAUGCCAUUGUUUGCCAAACCGACCACAUCUGGCAGUUAUCGUAUGUUUGGCGGACAAUCGGAUUUAAGGCGAUGGUAUGAAAACGGAACUGUCAUUAACUAUCAAUGCGAGUCCGCCUAUCGCUGGGUUUCCGGUGAUGUCGGGAAGAGGACAUGCGUUGAGGGCCAGUGGACGGGUCCGCUCGGCAAAUGCGUUGUUAACCCAAACAAUAAUAAUAUUAACUAUAAUAACAAUAAAGCGGUCAAUUGGGGAAACCUAAUACGGCUAACUUCUGUAUAUGUGUACGAUAUGGACAAAAGCAAUCGGUGGACGACUAGCCAUAUGGUGACCGAAAGUAACUCCACAUCCGAUUGGGAAGAGCACUUCGCUUACAGACGGGAUGCGGACAAAGGAGAGUGCGCCACCUUCUCGGUCGACAGUAACCACAAAUGGAGUCUUCGGCUCAACACGUCGGUAACCAUCACGUACUUUGUGGUGAUGUUGCACCCAGGUGGCUUCUUCGGCGGCAAACACAAGAUCAGUGAUCCCAAAAUACUGGACAAGACAGUAACCACAAAUGGAGUCUUCGGCUCAACACGUCGCCGGACCCUAAUGUGCGUGUGGGCAAUGCCGUGUUACUUCUUCUUCACGUGCGAUAUGGAUGAACCCAAGUAUCGAUACGUCGGUCAAGACUAUUACAUCAAUCUAUACAUCGAUCCCAAGAAGUUUGAGAAGAGUUACACCGCGAAGAAUAUAUCGCUAUGUUCUUUGGCUGUUAUGGUCUCCAAACAGGACGACUGCGGAACACCUGAUAUACCACUGCAUAGCACUGUCAGCCAAAACGAAAACCACGAGUGGACCUAUGCCUGUGAUCCAGGGUAUAAAUUGGUGGGCUCUUCGACCAUGUCGUGCGGUCGAAACGGUCGAUGGAAGAGCCAAGAGUUCCCCACUUGUGUCAAGAAGAGCAUGUGUCCGGUGACACAUCCCGCCCGACGAAAUGACCUGUAUAUGAGAGCCCAGUGGCAGAACGUGGUUCAGAAAGACAAUAAACUGAUCGCUUCUGUCGAUUCAAUAGUAAACCACUCGUGUAUCGCCAGCUCUAAGAAAAUACUGAUUGGAUCAGAGAUUAGACUCUGUGCCGUCACCGGCGAGUGGAGUGGCACUGAGCCCUACUGUAUGGAUCUAAAGGAUUUGCCUAAAAGUUCAUCGAAAGGCAGCGGUUCAACGGUAACGGUGUUUGUAAGCGUGUUGAGCGUACUGUUGGCCAUAGGGCUUGUGGCGGGUUUAGUGUACUUUGUGUUCCAUAAGGGUUACUUACGUAGCGUAUCUAACCUACGUGUGCCCAAUUUCACCAUACCCAAAAUCAAUAUACAACGCGCGAGUGGGGCACCGGCGGCGGCAACGGCAGCCACCGAGAUCGAUCACAACGCUAAUUCAUUUGAUGGUCCGGUUCACUUUGAGCCAAUGCCCUUGCCCAAACAACGAACCACUACCAUUAAUCAUAAUUCACCCCAAUUUUCAAGGGGUACUGAAUUUUUAGUUGAACGUGAUCAUGAUGAUUAAAUCCUAUAA